UUUGAGACUCCAAGUUAAGAAAUUUAAAUUCUGAAUUUUGAGGCUGUAAUGCCAGCACUGGGAAAACUGAGGCAGGAAGCUGGACAGUUCAAGGUCAGCGUGGAGAGUGCCUAUUGGCUGCAAGACAGCAGUGCCAACUCUGCCGGACCGGAGCAAGAUUUCCUUAAAAUGCCUAUCUUUCCAAUACCUGGGCCGUUCUGACCCUGAGGCAGAAGCCAGGUUGGAGGGGCAGUGUCGCUCCACUUUCUUCAGCUCCGUUCCCUCCGGAAGGCAACUACUCCUGUCACUCAGAUCACUAGCCAAUCAGAGCUUCCGAUCGAAGCCAUCCAAUCAGGGGCACUGACUGGAUGCGGAAGGCGGGCUCUAUCCGGCGGCCAUGUUGUGGGUUCUGGGCUGCGGGUUCCGCUUCGCAGCUGAAGGAUGCGCUGCGAGUGCUGCGCCGGGGAGCUGAAGAGAGCUCGAGAGAAGCCGGAAUUCGGCCAUGGAUUCAGUGACUUUUGAGGAUGUGGCUGUGAAUUUCACCCAAGAAGAAUGGGCUUUGCUAGAUUCUUCUCAGAAGCAUCUGUACAAAGAUGUAAUGCUGGAAAUCUACAGGAAUCUUACUUCUGUAGGAAAACAGUGGGAAGAUCAGAACAUUGAAAGCCAGUACAAAAAUCCUAGAAGAAAUCUAAGGUACAUGAUGGAAAGACUGAAUGAAAGUACAGAAGGUGUUCAAUUUGGAGAAACCUUCACCCAGACACCAAAUCCUAAUAUGAAUACAAAAGUUUCUACUUUGGUAAAAACAUAUGAGCAGGAAGAAGGUGGAAAGAUGAAAUAUGAGCAGUGUUGGAAAACCCUAAAGUCUGUCACAAGUUUUCAGAGAUACAUGGAUAUCAGCAAUGUGAAUAGACCUUAUGAAUGUGAGGCAUUUUUAAAAUCCCUUGCUUUUCCUAGUUCAUUGAGAAUACAACAAACUCACUGUGGCAAAAAUUGCUAUGACUUCAAGGAACCUGGAAAAGCCUCUGUUUGCCCUAGUUCAUUUUGUGUACAAGAAAACACACAGAGUGUAGAAACCUGUUACAAAUAUAAACAAUUUGGUAAACCACUGAGUUUUCACAAUUCCCUUGAAAGUCUUGAAAGAAUUCAUACAGGAAAGAAGCCCUUUGAAUGUAAACUAUGUGGUAAGUCUUUCAUUUAUCCUUCUUUACUCCAAAUGCAUGAAAAAACUCAUACUGACGAAAAACCUUAUGAAUGUAAAAAAUGUGGGAAAGCCUUCAGACGUCCUACUGAUCUCCGAGUACAUGGAAGAACUCACGAUGGAGAAAAACCCUAUAAAUGUAAACAGUGUUUUAAGUCUUUCGUUUAUCCCUGCUUACUUAAAAUGCAUGAAACAUCUCAUACUAGGGAAAAAAUCUAUGUGUGUAAACAAUGUAGUAAAUCCUUCAGAUGUCAGAAUUCUCUUCAAAGACAUAAACUAAUUCAUACUGGGAAAAAUCCCUAUGAAUGUAAACAAUGUGAUCGGUCCUUCAUUUAUCCUUGUUUACUACAAAUACAUGAAAGGACUCACACUGGUGAAAAACCGUAUGAGUGUAAGCAAUGUGGUAAAGCCUUCAGACGUCUCAGUGGUCUUCAAGCACAUGAAAGAACUCAUACUGGAGAAAACCCCUAUGCAUGUAAGCAAUGUGGUAAUACCUUCAGAAGUCACAAUUCCCUUCAAAGACAUAAAAUAACUCAUACUGGUAAAAAUAUCUGUGAGUGUAAACAGUGUGGUAAGUCCUUCAUUUAUCCAUCUUUACUUCAAAUGCAUGAAAGAACGCACACUGGUGAAAAGCCCUAUUUGUGUAAACAAUGUGGUAAAGCCUUCAUACGUCUCAGUGGUCUUCGAGUACAUGAAAGAACUCAUACUGGAGAAAAACCCUAUGCAUGUAAACAAUGCAGUAAAGCCUUCAGAAGUAAUACUUCUCUCCAAAGACAUAAAAUAACUCAUACUGGGGAAAACCCUUAUGAAUGUAAACAUUGUGGCAAAGCCUUCAUAUGUCAGGGAUCCCUUCAGUUGCAUAAAAGAACUCAUACUGGAGAAAAACCAUAUGAAUGUGAGCAGUGUGGUAAAUCUUUCAGAUUUCUAGGAUCCCUUCAGUUCCAUAAAAGUAUUCACACUGGUGAAAAACCAUAUAAAUGUGAACAGUGUGAUAAAGCUUUCAGAGCUCACAAUUGCCUUCAAAGACAUAAACUAAUUCAUGCUGUGGAAAAGCCUUAUAAAUGUAAACAAUGUGGUAAAGCCUUCAGAAGUCAAAGUUCCUUUCAGAGACAUAAACAAGUUCAUCCUGGGGAAAAGCCCUAUGAAUGUAAACAAUGUGGUAAGUCCUUUAUUUAUCACUAUUUACUCCAAAUACAUGAAGUAACUCACACUGGUGAAAAACCCUAUGAAUGUAAACAGUGUGGUAAAGCCUUCAAAGAUCACAGUUCCUUUAGGAUACAUGAAAAAGUUCAUGCUGGAGAAAAGCCCUAUGAAUGUAAACAAUGUGGUAAGUCCUUCAUUUUUCCCUCUUUACUUCAAAUGCAUGAACGAACUCAUACUGGUGAAAAACCCUAUGAAUGUAAACAGUGUUGUAAAGCUUUUAGAUCACACACUUCCCUUCAGGUACAUGAAAGAACUCAUACUGGGGAAAAGCCCUAUGAGUGUACACAGUGUGGUAAAGCCUUCAGAGGGCACACUUCCUUUCGGAGACAUGAAAAAGUUCAUGAUGGAGAAAAACCCUAUGAGUGUAAACAGUGUAGCAAGUCCUUCAUUUAUCCUUCUUUACUUCAACGACAUGAAAGGACUCAUAUGAGUGAAAAACUGUACAAUUGUAAACAAUGUGGUAAAGCCUUUAGAGCUUACAGUUCCCUUCGAGUACAUGAAAAAGCUCAUACUGGGCAAAAAAAGUCCUAUGAAUGUGAAGACUAUGAUAAAGCCUUUAGAUAUCACAAUUCUUUUCAAUUACGCAGAGGAUCUCAUACAUGAGAAAAACACGAUAAAUGUAAAAAUGUGGUAAAGCCUUCAGAAAUCACUGUUCUGUUCAGUUAUAUGAAAUAACUCAAACUAGAGCAAACCAUAUGUUUGCUAAGACAUCAAAAAAUGAUGGAAGAAGAAAACACCUGUGAAUUUAAAUGUUUUUCAGAUUUUCCAUUUUCCUUCAGCUAUAUUCAAAAAUUUGUGAGUCAAAAUUUCUAUGAAUGUUAAAAGUGGUGAAGCCUUCAUUUCUUGUUCUUUUUUGAGAUCAUUAAAGGACUCCUUUAGAAAAGUCCUGUUGGUUAAACAAACGUGUUCCGGUCUUCAUUGUCAUUUGAAGAACAUGGAAAGAACUCAUCCUUAAGGAAAACCUUUUGAGUGAAUGGAAUAAGUGAGCACAUCUCUUUCUGUCACAUCCACCCAGUGUUACAUGAUAAUUCAUAAUGAAUAUGAACCAUUCUAAGAAUGGGUGCUGUGUUGAAACCCUACCAAUUUUUAUCAUAUAAAAGAAACAUUUCUUAAUUACAAUAAUUUUAAUAAAGUAAUGUGAGACCUCUUACUAGAAGGAUUAUAUAAGUUAUGACUAUUUUUUUAACCUCUUGUUGGUAUUUAAAGAGGAUGCCUGUCAACACUUGGUGUUUUAGGCCUGUAAUCACUGCUACUCUGCUGACUGAGGUAGGAGGAUUGCAAUUUUAAGACCUGCCUGGAAAAAUUAGUGUAAACUGUCUCAGAAAGCAGAACUGUACUGAGGAUGUAGCUGAAUUGUAAAGUACAUGUCUGGCAUGUAAGAGGUCCAAGGUUCCAUCUCGUGUAACAUCAACAUCAAAGAAAUAAAGGUUCAUACAUUAAAAGCUCCCAUUUCUUUUGAAGGAAGCCUUUAAGAUGAGCAUUCUCUUAUGUAUUGCAAUGGUAUUUGUCUAGACAAUGUAAUAUUGUGUGAAGUGUACAGAGUGUACUCAUAGUAUAUCCUACUACACAUCUAGAUCGUAUGGUACAUCCUAUUCCUAAACUCCAAAUUUCUUUAGUAAGUUGUGCUGAAUAGUGUUGGCAGUGGUAAUGAUGAUAAGAAAUUUGUGUUCAAGCAAAGUUGUUGUAAAUAUAUGUAAGGCUAUUGUGUAAAGAUAAGACUUAUGUCUAUGGAAGGCACUUACCAUGAAUGGAACUCCUGCACUUACAUGUUGAUGUUGGCAAUUGAGAUAUAGGAUGAUAUUACACUACUGUAGACUUUGUAAAUACUGUGAACUUAGUGUAUACUAAAUAUUUAAAAAAUGCUUUUCUCGACCAAAGUGCCUUAUUUUAUUAACAAUAAAGGUUUUAAUUAUU